AUGAUUACCGCUACAAAUAAACCAGAUACCCCUGUUCUUUCAUUUGGUUCUGGUCACAAGACACGUUCUACAACAAUGCCUUCCAAUACCGACUCGUCUUUGUCCAGCAUAUUUAAGAAAUACUCGAAACAGUACUCAGAUCUCGACACAAAAGAAAAGGUGCUCAAGUUCGAGGAUUUUGUCAAGGUGAUUCAAAAUCAAGAAAAGCCAAACUUAUCGAAGGUGGCUCCUUUUCUUCCGAUCGACUCGUUUGGUUUGCUUUAUUUGAUUGCCGACCACGAGAAGAGAGGUUAUUUGACCGAGACAGACUUCCAGAAGUUCUCCAAAGAGCUUCUCACUGUCCAGAACACCGAUGAGUCCACCACGAAACUUUUGUUCAAGCUUUUCAAGCUGUUCGAGCACGACUUUUACGCCGACCACAACAACAGCCAGCAGCUCGAGGCCGAGCGGUUUUUGGAGAUCCUGGCCAACCUGAACCAGACGGUCAAAUCCAACUCCAAUAUCGAGCUUGUGAGAAAAUAUCUCGAAGAAAACAAGCUCACCAAACUCAGCUCGGGCGACUUUUCGGAGCUGGUUUCCAAGCUCCCGGAACUCAGUUUGGAGGAGAAGUUUAAAGACGCGGCCGUGGACAACAAGAUCAACACAGAGAAAUUUAAGAACAUCGUGAACGAGAUCUUCUACUCGAGGCUUCCAAAGACUGUUCUUUCUCAGAUCGAGUCGUUCUCGAGAUCCACGUACGGCGCCGAGUUGUCGUUCGACGAGUCGAAGAACCUUGUCAAACUGCUGAAGGACCUGCCAGCUCUCAACUACACCAUCUAUGAGCAGAUCUCCUCUGGAAAAUACAAUAGCAAAGAUCAUCUUAUCUCGAAAGAAGAAUUUUACGAGUACGCUAGAUCCCACAUUACAUCCACAGUCACGAAAGAAGAAGCAUCUUUGUUUUUCCAAUGGAACUCUCAACUCCUGCAACAGCAGAACGUUGCAUCGGCCAUCAAGUCCGGAGACAUGUUGGCUAUCCUGACAGACGAUCUUAUCAAAUCCCGCGAAUCUGCAGAUAAUAUUCCAUUCAGCUUGUAUCCAAUUUUCAACUCUGCAUACUCUUUCCUGCUUGGUUCUGUUGCUGGUGCGAUCGGUGCCACUGUUGUGUAUCCGAUCGAUUUAGUUAAAACCAGAAUGCAGAACCAGAAGGGAAACUCUCUUUACAGCUCUUACGGUGACUGUUUCCGUAAAGUGUUCCAGCACGAAGGACUGAUUGGUUUCUACUCCGGACUGCUGCCUCAACUGGUCGGUGUGGCUCCUGAAAAGGCCAUCAAAUUGACCGUCAACGAUUUGGUCAGAGGACUCGGUGCCAAGUACUGCAAGAACGGCGAAUUGACCAUGGGCUGGGAGAUCUUGGCCGGUUCUUCUGCUGGUGCUUGUCAGGUGAUCUUCACCAAUCCUCUGGAAAUCACCAAGAUCAGACUGCAAGUUCAAGGUGAGACCGUUAGACAGAUGGCCAAGGAAGGCAUUCCUUACGUCGAGAAGUCUGCCGUUGAUAUUGUCAGAGCACUUGGACUCAAGGGUCUUUAUAAAGGUGCUUCUGCCUGCAUGCUGAGAGACGUUCCUUUCAGUGCCAUCUACUUCCCUACCUACGCCAACAUCAAGAAGUAUGUUUUCGGAUUUGAUCCACACAACCCAGCCAAGAGAAACAGACUCGAGUCUUGGGAGCUGCUUCUUAGUGGUGCCAUGGCCGGAAUGCCUGCUGCCUACUGCACGACUCCAUGCGAUGUGAUCAAGACCAGAUUGCAAGUGGAGGUGAGACCAGGAGAGAAGGCGUACAAGAACAUUGCGGACGCAUUCAGCCGUAUUCUCAAGGAAGAAGGGUUCAGGGCUUUGUUCAAGGGAGGUGUUGCACGUAUUUGUCGGUCGUCGCCCCAAUUUGGAUUUACCUUGGCCUCGUACGAGAUGUUCCAGAGAUACAUUCCAUUACAACGGUUCUAUCCUGACCCUACCAAAGGAAUUGUGAGCGAUGGCCACGGAAACGCACUGAAGUCUCUGACGCCAACCUCGUCGGACGAGACUCUUCACCACGAGCUCACCGAGGGCGCCAAACAGUUUGUGAGCACGUCGUUGGAGCUCAACCCUGCAUUGAACAACUUCAACUACUACAACUACGUGGACUUCCAGAGCAGGAAAUAA